AUGGCGGCUUACGUAGAAGUCGCAGCUAGCUGGCUUUUUAAAAACUACAAAGGUCGAGAUUCCAAAGCCUUCUUCACAACUCCUGCCUUUGCUCAACAACUAGAGCCAACAUUGUCGGUUACAUCUCCGGAUUGUGGUCCAGAUGGUGCAACGCUGGGAAAAGAGUACAUGCAUGGAGGUCAAGGAAGGUUUCCCCAGUUACAGUGGAACUCUCACCAAGGUGUAAAAGAAUGGCUACUCGUGGCAGAAGAUCCUGAUGCGCCGUUGCCAACGCCGGUUUGUCACGGUAUAUAUCUGGGUAUCCCCGUUCAAAAGACGAAUGUUGUCAAUGACGACUUUCAGUCCACGAGCAAAACCUCUACCAAGAUCGAGGGGGGGUUCUACUAUGGAGCAAGUCGCAAUGGGAUGGUUUAUAUCCCGCCACGACCACUCAUCAAUCAUGGAAUUCAUCGAUAUUGGUUUGAAGUCAUUGGCUUGAGCGAACCAUUGGGUGAGAAAUUGAUCACCUCAAAGCCGACUAGAGAUCAAGUUGCAGAAGCUAUCCAGGGCAAAGUCGUUAUUUGGGGAAGAUGGAUGGGCCAAUGCGAGAGGAAAUGGGAGUGA